CCAGGACAGAGGCAGGUGGAGAAUUUUUGUGGAUGGUGCACGGCUGUUCGCCUCCACACAAUCGGUCUGGUCUCAGAGAUCUGCCAUCAGAUGGAGCGAAAUGAGCUGACAGACCACUCGGCGUGAGUUUCCGGCCUCUCACGAAAACCGGCAGUUGCAGCGGGCCCCUGCGCUGACCUGAUAGGACCGCUUCCGUCAUGAGUGCAGCCUUGUUGACGAUUCGCCAGCUGGCGAACCAGAAGGACUUAGAAUGGGACAUCACGGUCACCCCCGAGAUGAUAGAGGAGCUGGACGCCUGCAACGACUUCAGGGAACUGGCCAGCGUGUGAGCGUGGGUGGCUCUAAUGGGUGGAUGGAAAGAGCCGACGGAUGGACGACGAGUGUUGUGCCGUGUGUGUCACGUAUGUCAGAGUGGAGAUGCGCUGUGGCAUUUUCGUGCGCAAGGUGGACGAUUUGGUUCGUGCGGUGACGACCGGUGCGUCCUUGGUGGAGAAGAAGCGGCGGGCGCCGGGGCAGAAGGGCAAGCAGCGGGAGGACUGGCUGGAUGAGGACGUCAUCUUUGCUGCAGACAGCAAAUCGGUCAGCACGCACCACGCAGAAAUACCAUCAAUGCCUGGAUGCAUAUGGUGGCUGGUGUGCGUGGGCAUGUGUCAGGUGAUCGCAAAGAACAUCGGGGCGACGCUUGACCAGAGCAAACGGUUGGGCGACAAGGCCCCCCUGCAGCGCCGCACGCCGCUCGCCCUCCUGCCAAAGGAAGACAUCAGCAAAAAGGACGACAACCGGGUUUGUGAGCCAGUGGGGGGGAGGGGAGUGGGGUGGGUUAGAAAGGGUGGAUGUGCAUCCAUCCUCUCUGUGUGUGUGUGGUCAGACUGCGUAUCCGUUGCAUUCGUCUGGGAUGGCGUUGCUGGAUGAGCACGAUGCCGUCAUCUUCAGCGACAUCUUCGCACAGCACCUGCCCAAGCAGGGAGACGACCAGCAACCACCGAUCCCCAUCCCACCAGGGUAAAAAAGAGAGAAGGGACGAAAAUGCAAUGCAUACGACCAGUCUCGGAAGCCUUUUGUCCAUUUCUCCUCCUUGUGUCAUUUCCUGCCCUCUGCUGUCCGCUGGCUCUCAGAGCUGCCCGCCCAGCUGUCAUGGUGCUGCAAUAAAAGGAGGAGAAACACCUAUCCAGCACACACAGAAUUAUGGGCAAAGUGUAGUUGGCUGUGUGCGGUUGAUAUCUGUCAGGAUGGAGACGGUGUUGCGCGUGACGCCGAGGGCGACGUGGAGAUGGGCGGCGGCGACGACGAUGACGACAUAGAGGACGCUGACAUGGGUACACACACAAACAGUGCACACACGCGGAAGCCAUCCAUCCAUCUUUCCCUCGUAGGCCUGCCCGCACGCCCCACCGUAGCUGACGGUGACGGUGCCGUAGUGGCUGUGGGUGGCGAGAGGGGACCGGCCGCAACAGCAGGUGCUGCAGGGGACUCCUUCACGGUCGACCCGAGCCAGUCCGACUCGCAUAGUGAAGGCCGUGGCGAAAGAGUGCCGGUGCGUCAGGCCGGCGCGUCGGGUGGGCCGAGGAGGCGCGGCAAGGACCCAUGGGCGAAGCUAGACCUGCACGAGAAACUAGGUGGAGAGGGAGGGAGAUGGGAUGGAAGGGGUGGGUGGAUGGACGCAUCGAUGAGCGCGUGUGUGACAUGUCGUUAUAUAUAUAUGUGUGUGUGUGUGUGUCUGUGUGUGUUGCAGGUCGUGACAAGCCUCUGAAGCUGCCGAAGAGGAGCUACGCCAACAAGUACACCCCCAAACACAUGCACACACACACACACACACAUACAUCCGUACCUUCAUGCCUCAUCAGGGCGCCGUCGGAGUUGUUCUGCUGCGGGUACGAGAAGCUCGAUCCCGUGAUCUUCGACUACUUCAGCACCAGCCCCCCACUCAAGUGCCUCUACCGCGACGAAUGGCUCAAGGCACACGCUGCAGACCCCUCACAGCAGCAGCCUUCCCCCUCCCCCUCCUCAUCCCUCGACAAGCUGGCCCCCGUCCGUCUGCCGGGUCUGCCUGAGCUCAAGCGCCCGCUGCUGCUGUGCGAAAAGUGGCGGAUGGGUCUCAAGUGGGCGGCCUUUGAGGACCUCUUCCAAAAGGCACACAAGGACAGAAAACGACAGGGAGGCGGUAGACAGGUCAGUCAGUAGGAAGGAGGAGGGAGGACAAAUAUAUGGCCGGCCACACGACCGGCAAAUGGCUCUCCAUGGGUCUGUGUGUGUCUCAGCCGCGUGCUCGCGCUCGUCGUCCGGUGGAUGGCGCGGCUGGUGAUGGGCGUGCGGACGGCGGGGGCUAUGGCAAUGAUGAGGAUGACGAUGACGACGACGACGGUGGGUUCGAGUUCAACCUGCGGGGCGAGGGCGGGCAGGAGGAGCAGAACAACCGGGAGGGCGACGCGGCGGGGCAGUACGACAGGAACCGAGACGAACGUGAGAACUCUCUCCACACAUGCAUUUAUGCGCCAUCUGCUUUCAUGUGUGUGUGCGCGUGUGUGUCUCCUUGAUGCAGCUGAGUUUGAGACAGAGUUCGGUAUCGAUUUCCAGCAGCAGGUGCAGGCCCUGCAGGGCAGACGGCUGCAUGAGAUGGGCAGCACUGACGACGAUGACGACCACUGCUUCAGAAGGUACGCACACACACACACACACAGAGAGAGAGAGAGAGAGACACACACACACACGAAUGCAUCUGUGUGUCGGCCGGCCAGGGUCAAGUUGUUCCAUGAUUUCGUCCGUCGCCGCAUCCACCGCAGCUCCAAGCGCGCCCCGUUCGACAUCCACGUGUACAUCAAGCGACUCGCAAACAAGAUCAACCAAAAGGUGGCCGGCCACCCGAUACGUUGCUGGAUGGAUGGAUCGAUGUCCGACAGCCAGACAGCUCAUUCAUUUCGUCUUUGUGAGUGUGUUGGCUGGCUGUGUGUCUGUCAGGGUGGCAAGGCCGACUUCGAGGAGCUGAUGCGGGACGAGCGCGCAGAAGAGGUCUACCGAUACUUCGCUGCGUUCCUGCAGGUCGAUCACAUCACCACACACACCGCCCCGCCCACAACGGACACACACCGCGAUCACUGCUCUGCUCUCACUGCCCUUACGUGCAUCAAUCAGAUGGGCAACUCUGGGUUCGUUGACUUCGAGCACGUCAUCGACGUCGACGCUGACGACGCAUCGGUCAUGCCGCCCCCGCCACAGCAGCCCAGACACCCACGCAUCAAGAAGGAACCCGAGCCCACACAGCCAGACCAAAACCAAGACCAAGAAAACCAAGAGCCUCCUGCCGCCGCCGCCGCCGCCGCAGCAGCAGCAGCAGCAGAGGUUCAAGACGAGCCGAUGGAAGAUGUGAAUGGCGCAGGUGCGGCGGCGGCAGCAGCAGCACCAGCUGGUGAUGGUCGUGAGGCGGGCGAGGGCGAGGGUGAGGGUGGGGAGUGUGAGGAUGGCGACGAGGGGCUGGUGGGGCUGCCCAUACAAGUAGCGGGUGCAGCGGGCCAGGCAGGGGACGGUGAGGGGGAGGGGGCCAUGGAUGAGGCCAUGCUGCAGAAGGCAGACGAGGACGACGAAAUCGCAAGACUGAAGGAGAAACAACGUACAUGAGGGAAGGGAAACGGACACGUGGCGUCUCGUCUCUCCACGGCAUCAAAUGGUUGCUGGUGUCUCUGUCUGUGCAUUGCAUUCGUCUCUCCUUCGCCCGGUGAGGUGCAGAGUUGUUGCUGUGUGAGCCCAAGUUGCUGCGGCACCACUUCGCCCUCCAGCUGCUCAAGGACCCUGCAGAGGCCAGGUAACGAUCCAUCCCAUGACUCACACAAAAUGAGACACACACAUGACACACACCUACACAUUUCUCUCCGGGUCAGUCGCAUUAUCAUCGACGAGGAGCCCGCCCCGUCGCCCCCGCCACCCCCUCCAGCUCGAGACGACGCAGACGAUGACGGCGACGACGAGGCGUACGAGGACAGACCGAAGCGGCGGAAGAAGGGUGGCGGUGCCAAGGCCAAACCCAAGCAGGACAGACGCAAGAAGAAACACAAGAAACAGCACAGCAGUGACGACGAAGAGGGAGAGGGAGAGGGGGAAGACGGUGAGUGACAGAUAAAUAUCACACAUGACCACCACAGCCAGUGUGGGUGCCAAGCAGCAUGUCCUUCGCAAUCCCCUUCCUCUCUCUCUUUCUGUCCGUGUGUGUGUGCGUGCCCGUGUGUGUGGUCAGGUGUCGCCAUGGAGCUGGAGGGUGGAGAGGCGGAUGAGGCCAUGCCCAAGGCGCCCAAGCCCAGGAAGCGGCGCGACAAGAACAAGAAGAAAGACAAACCCCCAACGCCUCACCAGCAGCAGCAGCAGCAGCAAGAGCCCGACGAGCAGGAUGACGAACAAGACAACGACCACCAGCAGCAGCAGGAUCAGCAAGAUCAGCAGCAGGAAGAGGAUGGGUAUGAGCCCAUGGAGGAGGAGGAAGAAGAGCAAGAGGAGGCCCGCCCCAAGCCCAAGAAGGGGCCAAAGAACAAAAAGAACAAGAAGCGACGUGAGGUCGAAGAUGACGAGAACCACGAGGAGGGGGACGGGCAGGGUGGCGAUGGUGGCGAGGUGCCGGAGACGCCUCCCAAGGCGGCCCCCCGUCGCGCCUUCCCUGGCCGCACACCCCCGCCCGACGAGUAUGACGGCAGAGGCGUCCUGGGGCUGCUUGGCGACUGACUGAGUGACUUAGGGGAGGGAGCGGAGCGGUGGGGUGGAUAGUCCAUGUCCGUGACAGUGACUCAGUUCAUG